GCAGGGAGCUGCGGGGGGGAGCGAGGGAGUGGGGCCAGAGGAGCGGCGCUCCGGGCCGCGCCGAGCCCGGCGCAGUGCGAGCAUGAGCGGCGGGGAUGGUGCUGGGGGCCGGGCGGGCGCCCUCAGCUACGGCCUCCCCUCCAUCCCCUCCAGCAAACUCCCGGACUUGCGUUUUAUCAGCCGGGGCGCUUACGGGACCGUGUCCGCCGCCCGCCACGCCGACUGGAGGGUCCCGGUGGCCCUCAAAUGCCUGCAGGGGCCGCUGCUAGACAGCGAUAGAAACCACCUUCUAAAAGAAGCAGAGAUAUUACACAAAGCCAGGUUUAGUUAUAUUCUGCCAAUUUUGGGAAUCUGCAACGAGCCUGAAUUUCUGGGGAUAGUAACAGAAUACAUGACCAAUGGGUCAUUAAACCAGCUAUUGCAUGGGAAAGAUGAAUAUCCCAACAUUCCCUGGUGCCUGAGAUUCCGCAUUCUUUAUGAGAUUGCCUUGGGAGUAAACUAUUUGCACAACAUGAAUCCUCCGUUGCUGCACCAUGACUUAAAAACCCAGAACAUUUUGCUGGAUGAUGAGUUUCAUGUCAAGAUUGCAGAUUUUGGCAUGUCCAAAUGGCGUGUCAUAUCCAUGUCCCAGUCCCGGAGUGAGUCCUCCUUGCCGGAAGGAGGGACAAUUAUCUACAUGCCACCUGAGGAUUACAACCCCAGUCAGAAAACCCGGGCAAGUGUGAAACAUGAUAUCUACAGCUAUGCUGUUAUCAUGUGGGAAGUGAUGUCAAGGAAACAGCCAUUUGAAGAAGUUAUAAACCCCUUGCAGAUAAUGUACAGCGUGUCACAAGGACAGCGACUAGACUUGAGUGAGGGAAGUCUAUCAAUGGACAUUCCUCAUCGAGUGCUUAUCAUAAGACUGAUGGAAAGUGGAUGGGCACAAAACCCAGAUGAAAGACCAUCAUUCUUAAAAUGUUUAAUAGACCUGGAGCCAGUUCUGCGAACAUUUGAUGAAAUAGCUAUGCUGGAAGCAGUACUUCUGUUAAAGAGGUCAAAGUCACUGUAUGAAUCACAAAGUAUUUAUAAGAGUGGAAAGAAAGCAGAUGUGGAGCAGAUACCUCUAAAUAUACCUCUGAAUCCUGAAAAGCCAACCUACUCUAGCUCCAUAGAGUGUGAUGCACUUCCCCUUCGGAGCAUCUCUCCAGAUACAUCAAAAUUCAAGUCUCUUCCCCACUGUAAUAUCCUCUCAUCAGAUGGAAAUUCUGGAUGCCUACACUCUCUUAGCAGCCAGAGCAUGGAUGAAAAUCUGUCUGUAACUCAAAGUGCCAAACUCCUUGUGCAUCCAUACAGUGCUGGUGUCUCAUCUGCCAGGAGUAUUUCAGAUGCCUCAAGUUCUUCAUCCCUUGUGCUGCGGUCAUCGCCGAUUCCUUCAGAUUUUGUAUUGGAAACCAUACAAAAGAAUGUAGCUCAUCAGUGGAUCCAAAGUAAAAGAGAAGAAAUUAUUGAUCAGAUGACUGAAGCAUGUUUGAAUCAAUCACUGGAUGCUCUUCUAUCAAGAUUUUUACUCAUGAAAGAAGAUUAUGAACUUAUAAGCACCAAACCUACAAGGACAUCAAAAGUGCGACAAUUGCUUGAUACUUCAGACAGCCAAGGAGAGGAAUUUGCCAGAAUUAUAGUACAGAAGUUGAAAGAUAACAAACAGCUAGGACUUCAGCCUUAUCCAGAUAUUGUAUCUAAUUCUCAAAGACUGCAUUUUUAAAUUUAUUCUUUCUUUGUGAAACCAUGUGAAUAUUUCUUACAACAUGAUUCUUGUUUCUAUAUAGUAUUUUAUUUAUGUGCAGCUUUGUCUUUACUGUGCUUUUGACCCUGAGUUCUUCUAGCCUGCAUUUGGUCAGUGACCAAUUAAUAAUUUGGAGUGCAGUCAUAAAACCAAAUGCUUGACAGUUGCUGACUGAUUUUGUAAAAGUAUUUUGUUUAUACACAACAAAGAAAAACAUUAAAGGUUCAUAAUUUUACAUA